CACUCCUACAAAGCAGUUAUUUCUUGUUAAGCACUAUCAAGGACAAGUGCUGGUGAAGAAGAUGAGGCUGAAUGAGAGCCGGACAAGAUCCUUCCAGGCUCCUGUCACGGUCCACAACUACCCGGGCAGGCAGGUCUACGUGUUCCCUGAUGGCCCAUCCGACUCGGAGGAGUCCUCGGAGGAGGAGGAGCUCAACGUCAUGGAAUUGCGGCCCCGGGGGAAGGAGCAGCGGGGCAGGGACAGGGACAGGCCUGCAGAGGUGGUGCUGCUGGAGCGGGAGCUCACCGAGGGGGACAGCCUGAACAAGCUGGCCCUGCAGUACGGCUGUAAGGUCGCCGACAUCAAGCGGGUCAACAACUUCAUCCGGGAGCAGGACCUGUACGCGCUCAAGUCCAUCAAGAUCCCGGUGAAGGCGCACGGGCUGCUCACCGAGGGCAGGCAGGAGCUGCGGCCGCUCCCUCCGGCCCAGCCUGGAUUGACCCGCGUGGAGCUGCCGGAGCCCCAGCCCAGCACGGGCGGAUCCAGCGGCCAAAACCUCAGCGACUACUUCAGGGACAUCGACCAGAGCAUCCAGGACGCCGUGCAGGUGGAGGUGCAGCUGAACACAGAGUACUGUGGGGAGCCACUGGAGAGGCCUCUGCCCGAGCCAGGGAAGCGGGACACCGGGAACGGUGCGGACUGCGGGAUCCAGUGGUGGAACGCCGUGUUCAUCAUGCUCCUGAUAGGAAUUGUGCUGCCAGUAUUUUAUAUCAUCUAUUUUAAGACACAAGGCCUGGUGACCCACACUUCCAAUGCAACAGUAACCUCAAAUGUUUCAACAGCUGGAUUGGAAGGGAAAUUACCACAAAGCUCAGCUGUAGGAAAAAAGUCCUAAGGGGAGAGGGGAGACCCCUCCAGCCUCUCCAGCAGUGGUGCCCACACGCUCGUGACUGACCCAAGUGCAUCCAGGGGGAUAUAAUGAUACAGAUAAUUUUUAUUUUUAUAAGUAGCUGAUGAUGGAAUCCUGAACUUGACUGAAAGUGAGGUGAUGUGAUUGUGACGGAAAAAUAAGGAUGAUUUGUUGCUUAUGCAGAUCACUGAGCAGGUGGCUCAAGAGUUGGGAACUCUGCUGAGGGAAAGUAUUUUGUAGCAUUUUACUCAAUGUGAUUGCUUCAGGUGUUUCUUAAUGCCGUGUCUGGAAGCAAAUCCUUUGCUGCUGAGCUAGAGAGUGCAGUAUUAAUGUGCUUGGAAAGCUGGGGGUUGUUUGCAUUUUAAGGAAACACUUUUUGCUGGAGCAGCACUUUUUGCUGCUCUUUUACUGGGAGCUGUUGUUUUUAUCUCUUGCAGACCGUGGUGGUUUUGGCUUAACCCUAAACUGAUGGCUCUAAGCUGGGACAGCCCCUCAUCCUCCUCCUGAGCAAACAGGGCUGGGUUUAUUAGGCUGAUGUCAAGCCCCUCCCCAGGAUGAUCCCAGACCUCUCCCCUGCAGGAAACCCCUCAGGGAUGGGAUCUCGGUGCUGGAUCCGCGCUGUCCCCAGGGUGCAGCCCGAGCCAGCCCUGCCACUGCAGAGGGGGCUGGAGGAGGAUCUGGGAGCAGGGAGAGGACUUGUACACUCUUCUCAAGGGCUCUUCUGUUGGCAGGGGGGUCUAGUCAGUAUUACUUGUUAAAAACACUAACAACAGUCUAUAGUGGUGCAUCUCAGACACCCGAUUCCAGUCACGGGCUGGGUUUCCCUGUGUGCAGAUUUCACAGGAGCAAAGUGUCCCACACAGGGUGCAAGGGCCAGGGCAGAAGCCCAAGGCACAGAAAGAAGGGACAGGACUGAGCUGAUGGUGACACGUUCUGUGACCUGCAGAUGUGCAUUACAGAACUGCUGAGGGUGCAGGAAGAGUGGUGGAGCCUGGGAGGGCAGAGGGCUGUGCUCUCCAGGUGGGACACUGAACAUCGCAGGGAGGAGCAGCAGGGAGGCUUUGGGAGCUUUGCUGCAGAGCACAACUGGCCUCAGAAAUUGGAUGCAUCAAUUCCAAGCCUGCAGGCAGAGGUAAUUCCAGGCCUUCCUGGAACCAAACACUAAGGGAUUUCCACCCCACACAAGCAGCACUGUGUGAUGUUACAAUGACAACCUGCAGCUCUCAAAAAAAGCGCUCGGGAAAGCCUGAGGGAACCUAAUUUUGUACACGAGGACUCCAAAGUAUCUUAUACUGAACAAAAACUUGUAUUUUUCUUCUGUGAAGAGCUGUAUCUCUUUGUUCUGGGGGCGGGGGGGGGAAUUUCUUACAUUUUUAAAUAAAGCCACAUGAAAUAAUAAAAGCACAAGGGGCAAAACUUGUGCCUUUUUUUUUUUUUUUGUUCCCACACUGCACAGUGCUGAGCACCUGCCCCAGGACGAUCCCUCAGCACCCACUGCAGGCACCAGGAGUGGGAGCAGCAGAAGGAAAGGUGAGUGUCCAGAGGGACAGGAGGAUGGGGCUGGACCCAGGUUUUUCUUUUUGUUAGAAGGUUCUUACCAAGCAUUAAUUUUUUACCUUGAGUGUAGUAACAAGUGUGUGUGUAUAUCCCAAAAAAAUCCCUGUUGAUUUUAAUCUCUUCAGUGCAGUUUAAAAGCACAGCCUGACUGAAGAGGACACCUGGAGGGGGCACAGACACGCCAGACAGGACCACGAGAGAGGCUGGAGUACACAGUAAAAGCCAGUAUCUUUACUUUAGUGAAUGCAGGAUACAAAUAUUUUACAACAACCUCUAGCAUUUUUCUUAACCAUUUGAUAAAAAGUUCACUAGAAUAUUUAUUGUAUAUUGAAGAAAAAACAACACAUUCAGGGAAAAAAAAUUGAGAUUAACUUAUUUUUUUUUUUUUCUUAAAAGAUUCGUCUCAAGGAUGGCAACAAAGUCCAGCUUGUGCCGCCAAACGGCUUAUCAGCAUUAAACCGUGAACAGCUUCUUUGUGAACUGUUGACUACAAACAUUUACCAAAUACAUAAAUCUCUUUUAAAAAAGCCAUUUUAAAUAUAGCAAAGCAGUGUUUCUCUUGCACAGCAAAGUGAAGAAAGGUUCUACUAAGAUUUAAAUGUUUACACUGGUUAAGUCUUUCUUUCACAUUCGGAUUUCACUUCUGCCCAGGAUCAAUUGUUAGGAGUUGUUUUGUUCCUUAUUUACUAUGUAUUUCUUGUGCGCACAGUAACUCGGAGUUCCUGCUGCAUUAGUGUCCUUGAGGGGAGGGCAAGGCUAAAGCAGUUCUGACGAGUCCCUGACAACGUGGCGUUCCCAAAACUACCGUGAGAGCUCGAGGAUGGAGGUGAUUUGUCACAACAGAGCUAAAAAUCUUAAAUCACUCAGACCUGACUGGGUUCAGCCCAGGGUUGGAUCCACUUGCACUUCAGUCAGCAGAGAGAGAAUUUAAAAAAGUAGUAUUAUUAUUUUUUUUCACCUGUUGAAAUAUCUGUGCUAUGUCAUAAUUAUUUUUUUUCUUUUUAUAAAACAUUUUUUUUACAAUUUCUAAAAAAGUACGUUCCAAAGUGAGUUACUUGUUACUAAAAACCAGGAUUCCCAUUUCCUCGAUGGCAGGAGCUGCUCCCCAGGACGGGAGGGCUGUGGAAGGACAUUUGUGCCGUGGCUGGGGCAGCACAGGGCCAGUCCCCAGCCCGGCUCUUUAGAACUUUGAUUCUUUAAUACUCUUUUUUUUAAUUCAUUGGUGCAAUUUCAGUACAAACUCUAACCCUUGUGUAGCUUUGUCUUUAAGAAAACAGUAAUAAUACUGUUUAAAAACCUGCAUAGAAAUAAAGACUAUUGAGAUACAGUCAGCAAAGCCAUCUGAUAAGGCACACAAGAAAAUAGACAGUAAAUGUGAAUGCAGAACUCCCACUCGAUGUACAGCAAAGGUCAUACAGGUGCAUAAAUCAUGGAACUCACACCACUGGUCGGAGCAGCAAAAGGUGCAGGGGGUGGCAAGUGAAUUGGGUCACUGGGAGCACAGAGGCCUUGACCCCACGCCCUGUGAGCCAGUACCAUCCCAAACUAAAGGGAUCCAGGUCCAGGGAAGGGGCAGGAAGGGACUGGAGCCUGGCAGAUUUUCCGCUGCCACGAUGGGGGAUGAGCUGGAGGUGCCGCCUGAUCCCCUCUCCCAGCUCCUGUCACAGCCUGGGGCACUCACCAUUACACACAGAUGAAGCCCAAGCAGAAGUUUAAUAAAUACCAGGGAUAACCAGGAAGGCUGGAUAAUCCCACUGCAGUUUCCUCCCCAGCACCAGCACUGCCAGCCUGGAGGCGACCGGGACAGGUGGGAUCAGGGCCCCAAAUCCAACACCAACCCAGCACGAGGGGGCUCUGGAUCCUCCUCCUCUCUCUUGGAAGCAGCACAUUUUUCCCAAACCACUUGCCAACUCACAAAACCUUUUGUGCUCCUCUGAUAUGUGUCAUUUCCCUAUCAUGAGAAAUUAGGUCAAGUUUUUCCACUGGUUUUUUUUUUUUUCCUCCCUCCUCAGAAGAGGCAGCUUUAAAAUGAUGCCUUAAAAUGUGUUGUAACAGAUUUUUUUUUAUAUAUA